CACAUACGAUGCACUCACAACACUCACGACUCACACUCGUUACUACUCACACUUGUAACUACUCACGAUUGCGACUACAUUUCGAGCAACCUCCCAUCAACAUUCACCUAGGUCACAACCGCUCGCGAAUCUGCCGCGCCACUUGUGGUUGUGUCCUCCAUUGCAAAGCCGUCGCCCACCUGAGCAAAACAGGUCGCAACUUCCUGAAGACGCCAGAGCGUGCCAACUCUCAUCUUUUCGCAAACGACUGUGGCCACGAAAAGCCCUGGCUACUUCUUGGCGCAGCUGCUGCUUUCUCAUUCAUCCUCUUCUUCGAAAGCAUCGGCUAGGAUCUCGCGAGGCGGCACCUUGAGCUGAUGCGCCCCGUCUUAUUCUGACCGAAAGGCCAACAGCUGGGAGACUCGCCCUCAUCAUGAUUCCGCACCGGCCCAUGCCGGUAGCUGGAGGCGUCGGCGGUAUGCCAAUGGGCGUGGGUACGGGAAUGACAGCAGGCGUGACUUCAGAAAUGGGAACGGCAAGCGAUGGCAUGCAUCCUCAGGUCCAUCUGCAGACUCCAGGGCAGUCUCAUCCAUCUCACUUUCGUCCUCAUCAUGGGCAUCAGCCCGGCGCUGCAGGCGUGACCGGUCUGAACGCGCGAGCGGGUGCGCAGGGUGGAGUCUAUCAUCCUCAUUCUCACCAAGUUCUUGCGCAGGAACAGCAUCACGUUCAGCAAGGCAUACCGCCUCAGCUUCAACACCCGUCAGGUUCGGGACAGCAUGGUCCACAAAUUCAUCAGCUCCCACAGAUGAACCAACACUCGAACCCUCAUGCCCAACCCCACGCAUCGCUGAAUGGCAUCUCUUCUCCUCAUCCCAGCAGUGCGGGCGUAUCUACACCUCCAAACGCAGCCAAUCAGGGGCAACCCAUGAUGAUUGGAAGAGUGCCGAGCGCAGCAGGAGCUCAGGUUCCUGGCGCAGUACCGAAUCAUUUUGCUCCGCAAAGGAGGGCCUCUGGACAGCUUGAGCAUUCGAAUGCGGAUUCUAAUGGCUUCGGUCAGGCGGUUCCUGGCUCAGCACAGACACAGCCGCGCGGAUCAGCUCAUCAAAAUGCUGUCCGACUCAAUGGCAGCUUGCCUGAUGGUCAUUCCAGUCACACCCGAGCCGUUGGCACAUUGGGUGGUCCACCGCGUGGCUUGCCCAUUGCUCCAGCAGGGCAAGUGCAUACGCCCCCCGGGAGUGGUGUGAUGCGCAUGCUGCAGUACUCGGAAGCUCUAGCAGCCGGUCCAGAGCGAGAUACAAUGGAAUACUGGCAGGAUUGGGCGAAGGAAUUUUAUGCAUCCAAUGGCGUGUUUCACUACGUUCUCUGGAAUCCCACCAGCCGCGAACAAAAGGCUUUUGAGGUGCCGACCUCCGUGCUGCCCAGAUACAUGCUGACCAACUACAUCUCAGGCAUGAAGGGUGCAAGUUUACAUCUCGAGGCCCCACGAGAGUACGUGGCGGGAGCGACGCGAUUUCCCUCCUCGUCGUCUCCUUUUGCGACCAAUUCACCAGCUUUUGCGACGAAAUUCUCGCUGCAUCUCGAACCGUCGUCUGCCGUGACGCAUUUAGUCCAGUGCGACAGGGCCAUCAUCAUGCAGUACUUCUCCAGCGGCUGGCAGAUACAGCAGAUCGGAGCGUUCAGAGCUGCUCUAGUACCUGCACCGAGAUUGGUUCCUGUUCAAGCAGGCUCAGAAGGUCCGCAUCGGUAUGAAGUGAGACUAAGGCUCGAGUCGUUCGAUUACUCUUGCAUUUCGCACACGAGCUACCUGUCGCACGGUAUGCUCUCGCCUGUCAAGAUGGAACAAAGCAUUCCCAAGGAGACGAUUCAGGCUAUACUCGCUGCCCAUGGUAUUUCUGAUUCGAAUGCUGCGGGAGAGAUGGACAGCAAAGGUGGGAUGGGGGUAAAGACUUCAAAGAAACCGAUGAGAAAGCAAUCCAGCGCCGCAAGUAAGAAGGAAGAAAAAGACAGAGGCAAAGCUGAAGGCGCUGGAGCCACAGCAGCACUGGUCAAGGAGGAAGACAAAGACAGUAACGGCACUAAGAACGAGAACAGAGACGAUGAGACUACAUCUGGAGCUCCUGGCAACAAUUCAUUUUUCGUCUCGGUCGAAAAGCUCGAUCUACCAGAGAGCCCAGUAAACGAAUAUGGUAUCACGCUUAGAGCUAUGAGGUGUCUCGAGAUCACAGAGAGCGUCUGUCACCUUCGCGCAUUGAUGGAUUUCACGCAGCACGAGAACAUUGGACCCCUGGAGGGUCUGCGCAAGCUAGCACAGCAGUUCAGGGAACAGCAGCGAAUGUCGUCUGCUGGUGGAUCAGCAGGCAGUAACUACGCACUCCUGCCAGCUGCCGCCAUCAACGCUACCGCCUCUUCCCAUCCAGAUCCGACCGCGAGUGGGGAGGCAGAUGCGGCGGCUGGUAUGGGUGGACAAAUCGCAGACAACGCUGCGAAUAAGAGAAAGGGUGCGCCCGGGGAGGCUGCAGGAGGCAACGCUAACGCAGGAAGACUUAACCUGAGCAGGAGCUCAACCCAGCAGGGCUCCAAUGCUAGCCCCAAACAAGUUUCAAGUCCAACCAAACGCCAACGGUGA